AUACAUAUAGUCCGUACUGCCGAAGUCAGUCAGACAUUAAUACAGCUUUGUCCCAGAGUACUUUAGGCAUAAUAUCGGAACUUUUAAAUUAUAUUAGUAUAUAAUAUUUUUCUACAGCCUGUCAUCUGAAAAUCUUAAAGAUUGAAAAUUUGUUUUUGCGGAGCUGUUGAUCAAGAUCUGUGCUCAUUACUGACGUCGAAGAGUGUCAGUGUAAAGGAAUUUCGUGUUGUGUGGACUGUUGCUUCGUUUGUCAACCAACAACCGUCAAAAUGGUGGAAGGAGGCAUGAAAUGUGUCAAACUGCUUCUGUUUGCUUUUAAUUUUAUAUUCGUGGUGGUAGGAUGCGUUCUGAUUGGAGUAGGAACAUACAUCCAAGUACAGUUCAAGGACUAUUUAAACUUCGUAGAAGGACAGUUUAGUUCUGCCGCAGCACUCCUCAUCGCUGUCGGUGUCAUCAUCUUCUUCAUCGCUGCUUUUGGCUGCUGUGGAGCAUGGAAGGAAAAUUAUGUCUGUGUUAUGAUCUUUUCUGUACUGCUGGGAAUCGUCUUCAUCCUGGAGAUCGCAGGAGGCAUUGCCGGCUAUGUUCUCCACGACAAAGUGGAAGAUGGGGUCAAGACAUUAAUGAACGACUCAAUGAAACGCUACGAUGCUGACCCCACAAUCUGGGAUUUGGUCCAAAAAGACUUCAAAUGCUGUGGUACAAACAGCUCAGAAGAUUGGAAAAACGUUAACAAUGGCACUGUCCCCGCUUCCUGCUGUCCGCCAGAUGGAACCUGUGAUGGGAAAGGAAGCGGAGUUUACUCUGUUGGAUGUCUGGAUGCCUUCGUCGACUGGGUAAAGGAUAAGAUCUUCAUCGUUGGCGGUGUUGGAAUCGGGCUGGCUUUUGUACAGAUUGUUGGUAUCCUGUUUGCCUGUUGCUUUGGCCGAGCUCUAAAGAAGGAGUAUGAAGUUGUGUAAAACUAACAUCACACGAUAAAGGAGAAACAUGCUGGACCAAUGAGGCAUUCUGUUACAUCUGCUGCCCAAAAAUGAAGUUCCUGGGAGGGCGUUAUCAACAAUCCAAUCUCUGCUGAUGUGUAGAAAGUUAUAACAUUUUUGUGAUGGGGCUAAAACUAAAUUUUCAGGCAUGUUUUUCGUGAAAUUCAUGCUAACUUCUUAAUUCUUCAUCUUUCCACACAUCAUUUCUUCAAUCAAUUCACAAGGAACGUUUGAUAUCAAAUUAUGGUGCAUGUCAUUUGAAGGAAUUUAUUUUUUCCAGAUAUAUUUUGAAUUUAAGUAGAAUUUAAUGAGAUUUACCUAUAUGUUCAACAAAAAUAUUUUUAACUCUUGUGAUAAGACAUCAUUUCAUCAUCAGGCAUUUGCUGACAUCGUAUCAUUUAUUGUGAAACAAAUGCUUGUGGAAUACUUUCAAAAAUCAAAUCCAAGCGUGGAGGUGAAGAAAAGUAUUCUUGUUUUCGUUGAGACAUUUAAUCAUCAUAAACUAUUUUCUGUCGUAGUAAUCUUGCGUAUUUGACCUUGUCCUAGGUCACUGUCAGAGGUUGAGGGAUACAAUUUACCACAUAUUACUAACAAUGUAUUUUAUUACACUGCAAAUGUAGCUGGACAAUAUCUGUAGAUUGUAAUGGAUAGGACAAGCCUUACAAUGUUGUUGUCAGGACAAUGACCUUCAAGAUUGGUUCAAGGUCAAAAUGUUGACACGACAUUUCAGAUAGAAGGAUAAGAUGGACGAUCAAGGUUGAAAAAUCAAAAUUGACAUUCACGUUUAUAAAAGGUUGAAUAUCGUAACAGAUAUUUAAACAUUGACACAAGUCAAAUGACUUUCAAAGUUGAAAGGUCGACCAUGGUUGACAAUGAUGAAUCCUAUCAUCUUUGACCUGUUUAGAGGGCCCAUUAUCUGUUGUCAUCCUUUUUUAUUUGUAAUUUGCUAUAUUUUCUGUUAGUAAAAGCAAUUAAAAUGCUUAAAGUUUCA